AUGUCACUCACAGCGUGUAUAUGUGACAUCAGGAGGCGCAGAUUCUGGUUUUUGCCUCUGAUAGUUCUGCACCUUGUAGCUCUUCCAGUUUUCCUCACUAACCUGAGAGCAAUGCUGUGUUCUUUCUUCCAGACUCCGUCCGUUUCUUUAUCUGACACCAUACAGAAGUGGAGAGAAUACAGAGAGCAGUGCUUACAGACCAUCCACCUCACUCCGCACACCCUCAGCGGAAGGUUUUGUAACCGCACAUUUGAUGAUUAUGCCUGUUGGCCUGAUGGAGUUCCUGGGACAUAUGUGAACGUUUCCUGUCCCUGGUAUCUGCCCUGGGCACAUAAAGUGCUCCAGGGCAGAGUGUUCCGGUACUGCACCCCCGAGGGCACAUGGCUGUUCAAAGAGGCCAAGGACAACGGGACCACACCGUGGAGGAACCUGACGGAGUGUGAGGACCGGUCGCUGAAGGUCCAACCAGAAGAGCAGUUAUCAUCCUUGUCCAUCAUCUACACCAUCGGAUACUCCCUGUCCUUCUCAGCUCUCGUCAUCGCCACAUUCAUCCUGGUGAUAUUCAGGCACCUGCACUGUACGAGGAACUACAUCCACCUCAACCUGUUCACCUCCUUCAUCCUCAGAGCCAUCUCUGUCUUCAUAAAGGACUCCGUACUGCGCUGGAUGUACGACCUCGCCAUCCACGACAACCAAUGGGAAGGGCUCAUCUCCUACCAGGAGUCCCUCAGCUGCCGCCUGGUCUUCGUGAUGAUGCAGUACUGUGUGGCAGCGAACUACUACUGGCUGCUGGUGGAGGGCAUCUACCUGCACACCCUGCUGGUGCUGUCUGUCUUCUCCGAGCAGAGGCUCUUCAGCUUCUACCUGUGCAUUGGAUGGGGGGUGCCUAUGCUGUUUGUCCUCCCGUGGGGUGUAGUCAAGUACCUCUAUGAAGAUGAUGGCUGCUGGACUCGGAAUUACAAUAUGAACUACUGGCUCAUCAUCCGCCUGCCUAUCCUCAUCGCCAUCGGGGUGAAUUUUGUCAUAUUCAUACGGGUAAUCUGUAUCAUCAUAUCAAAACUGCAGGCAAAUCUGAUGUGUAGAACGGACACUAAGUGCAGACUCGCAAAAUCCACGCUGACGCUGAUCCCGCUCCUGGGGACGCACGAGAUCAUCUUCGCCUUCAUCACUGAUGAGCACGCCAAAGGAUCCUUACGGUACAUCAAGCUGUUCUUUGAACUGUCCUUCAGCUCCUUCCAGGGUCUGAUGGUGGCUGUACUGUACUGCUUCAUCAACAACGAGGUCCAGGCUGAGUUCCAGAGGAGAUGGGAGCGAUGGCGGCUGGAACAUGUAUACAGUCAACGUGACAGCAGCAUGAAACCCAUCAAGUUCCCAGCCAACAGCCUGAGCAGUGGUGUGACCAUGGGCAGCAGUGUCUAACCGUCCUCCUCAUCAUCCAGCUGGACAUACAUCGCCCACUCAUAAACUGUGGAAUCACCAGAGGAAAUCUCACAAGCAGCGAGGUCCAUCAAGUGAAGACGUGUCCUCAAUUAUUUUUUCUAAAUAAAUCACAUUGACAUUUUGCUGCUUUCAGUCUCAGCGCUUCUGCCCUGCCGGUCCGUUGACCAACCACUAGUCAGAUCUCAAGAAAAGACCAGCGAGGCUGCAGGGAGAAGAAAAAUCUUGAGACUUGAGGUUGUGGCACAGAUAGCAGUUGUCACUCUUUAAAGAACAUGUUUACAUACAGGUAUUGCUGAAAUGUACUGCCACAACCAAUAAACGGGGCCUCUAAACGGCCUGGCGGGUCUAUGAGCUUCUUCAGGAAAACAUCUACGAGGUUCUUCUGGAAAGCAUUUCCAAGGUGUUCAGGAGAAAAUUUAUGAAGGUCUUCUAGAGACAAUCUUAAAAGGUCUUCAAGAGAACAUCUACUUGAGUCUUCUGGAGAACAUUUCCAAGGUCUUCAGGAUAAGAUAUGUGAGGGUCUUUAGAAGAACAUCUACGAAGGUCUUCAGGAUAACAGCUCCAAGCUCUCCAGGAGAACCUCUAUGAGAGCCUUUAGGAGAACAUCUUUGAGGAUCCUCUUGAGAACAUCUAUGAGGGUCUUCAUGUUAAAGUGACAGUGCUUUAUUUUACUCUUUGAAUGUCUUCACCAGCACCUUCAUGGUCUUCAUGGGUGGUCUGAGUGCCUAUUAUCUCAAUACGUUGGAAGGGGAGGGAACACAUGAUUGCU